AUGGCGACUCUUGAGCCUACCGUCCGUCCUCGAGUCACGAAGCGGAUCCAGCUCGGUCGCGGCUCUGCAGGCAAGCCGAUCGAACUCCGCGUCAAUGCAAUGGACGCUCAAGUCAAGCCUGGCGCCUUUUUGAACAUCCUCCACUACGAUGUCAACAUCGAACCAGAAGGAGACAAGCUCCCCAAGGAUUUCGCGCGUCGCAUGAUCAACUAUCUUCGUGGAUUCCCCAAUGUCAAAGGCCCCGAACGUCCCUUCCGCACGACUGACGACAACAAGCCGGCCAGUGUGGUCUACGACGGUCGCAAGCAGGCUUUUUCGCCCCAUCCCCUCUUUGACAACGCUGCCGCUGCCGAUAUUGGCGAUUACGUCCUCUUUGGCGAGGGUGAAAGCUUCUCAGAGGCUCCUCCUGACGGCGCAAAGAAGAAAGCUUACAGAAUCAAAAUCCGUCGUGUCGCCGAACUCGACCUUAAAGCUCUCUACGGAGCUAUCAAUCCUCCUGCAGACGGUCGCAAUGCUGCUCAGCCCACUGUCACAAUUGCAGGUGAAAAGGGUAUCGAGACGCUUAUCUCGGCCCUCAAUGUCGCCCUCAAAUCCGAUCUCUUUGCUUCGCAUCCCAACAAAGGCUCGGCUUUCUACCCUAUCGGUUACGACAAGCACGAUCCUCGCUCAGUCGAACAAGCCCGCCGUCAGCGCUCGGUCGGCAAAGGUGUCGAACUCUGGAAAGGUUACUUCAUCUCCCUUCGACCGGCCACGGGCAAGAUGAUCCUCAACGUCGAUCUCAGCUUCUGUCCCAUGAUCCCAGGAGGCAAUCUCGCUGACGUUUGCAAAGCUAUCCUUGAGCUGCGUGACAUCAGUGGCCUUGACAUUCAGCAGAUCGCCCGCUCGAACAAGUUACCCAUGCUCAAUCGUAUGCUUCGAGGAGUCCGCGUUUCUGCCAAUGUCGAGCGUCUCAAUCAAGGCAUGACCAAGCGUUACUUCAAGAUCAGGGAUGUUCUGCCUCAGUCUGCGCUUCAGUAUACCUUCCAAGACAACGAUCGCGAGCAGAAGUACAAUGUUGCCACGUAUUUUAAACAAGAGCGCGGCACUCAGCUGCGUAACCCCCACUGGCCUGUCGUCCAAGUCGGUCGUGAUGCUGUCUACCCUCUCGAGCUGCUCUCUGUCGAGUUUGGCACGAAGUAUACUCGCAAGCUCGACCCUGCUCAGACGGCCAAUAUGAUCAAGCAGACCGCAGUGAAACCUCAAGAACGCUUCAGAGGUGUCAAGGAGAUCACUACGCUCUUCCCUGACAUGCGUGAGAGACUCCGACCUUGGGGUAUUGAUAUCUCCAACGAGUUUGUCAAGGUUCAGGGCCGUGUACUGGCCGCGCCCAGAAUUACCGUCAAAGACAAGCGCGGGCAGCCAGUACCUGCUCAGAUCCGUGACGGUGUCUGGGACCUUGGUCGUCAAAAUGCUCAGUUUUACAAACCUGCCGCUCCGCUCAUUUCGUGGGGCGUCGCCAUCUUUGCCAAUGAACGCUAUGCGCAGAUCACUAAAGUCCAGAAUGCCAUGCUGGCUCUCAUGCAAGUCUUGAGCCAACGCGGUAUUCAGAUCAAGAACGAUCGUCCAAAGAUCAAGUACGCCGAUCAGGAUUUGCUCACUCAGACACCUCGUCAGCAGCAGCUCUCAGAGUUCCUUCAUCGCUUCGGCUCCGAGCUAUAUCAAGACACUAAGGUGCCACCGCAGCUCUUCAUCUGUAUUCUUGAUGGUCAGAUUACUUGGCACUAUCCUGCAGUCAAGGUGUUCGGUGACACUCAAAAACCUGUUGCUACACAAUGUCUUCGCGCCGAUAAGUCUCUCAGCGAUCGCCGUGGAUACUUUGACAAUGUCGCUUUGAAGAUCAAUGCCAAGCUCGGAGGAGCUCAUUCGGACUAUGCUCCUGCUAUCAAGGGUAUCAGCGAGGGCCUCAUGGUGUGCGGUGCCGAUGUUUACCAUCCUCCGCCCGGCUCGCUGCAGCCAUCAAUUUCUGGCGCAGUAGGCAGUCUGGACAAUUCACAGUACGCCUCUGCCUAUGCAAUCCAGCCCUCUCGUGUCGAAUACCUCGAGGAUCUCACAUCGCUCAUCGAACAACUUCUUCAGAAGCGCCAUGCCAAGACCGGCAAGUAUCCCAGCCGUCUCGUUGUCUUCCGCGAUGGCGUCUCUGAGUCGCAGUAUGACAUGGCUCUGCUCAAGGAAGUGAGUCAGAUCAGAGAGGCUUGCCGCAAGGUCAAUCCGACCGUGCAGCCAAAGAUAACCUACAUCAUCGCAAGCAAACGUCAUCACAUCCGCUUUGAGCCGGUCUCGCUCGGAAUGGCCGAUCGCUCAGGCAAUGCUCCUCCCGGUACUGUCGUCGACAAUGCCAUCACUCACCCAACCGAUGCAGAUUUCUACUUGCAAUCUCAUGCCGGUCUUCAAGGUACUUCUCGCUCGACACACUACCAGCUCUUGCUUGAUGAGAACGGCUUCGAUGCCAAUUCGAUUCAAGAGUUCACGUACGGCCUCUCUCAUGCUUUCGCUCGCUGCACGCGCAGUAUCUCUAUUGCCUCGCCGGCGAGAUACGCUCAUCUCGUUUGCGAACGCGCAAGGGUGCUCAACUCCCGUCCCGGAGACGGCGAUACCGAAUCGACCUGGUCAGGCUCUGAAGGAUCCGAUGUCCAGCGUCGUCGUCUCGAGAAGGAACUUCGCGAGCGUGCCGUCUUUGUCAACGACAAUCAGAGCGUCCGCUUGUCAUUCGUCUAG